AUGUUCUCUACCGCAGCCUUCCUCGCCCUCGCCGCGCUCCCCUUCCUCGCCAGCUCCGCGUUCGCGCAGACCUGCGACCGCUCGUACACCGUCCAGGCGGGCGACAUCUGCGACAGCAUCUCUGCCGCCAACAACGUCUCCACGUACCAGCUGGCGGCGUGCAACCCGUCCAUCGACGCGACGUGCGACAACCUGUACGCCGGCGAGGUGCUCUGCCUCGGGUACCAAGGCGAGGACUGCAACACGACGUACGUCGUCAAGCUCGGCGACGACUGCGCUGCGAUCUCCACCGCGUACUCGAUCAACACCACGGUGUUGUACGAGAACAACCCGCAGAUCGACGCCGCGUGCGACAACCUCUACGUCGGCGAGGUGCUCUGUGUCGCCGGCACGGAGACGGUCGUUCCCCCGCCCUCGGGGUCGGUGGUGCCCACGACCAUCCCGGCCACGGCGACUCCUGCCUCUGCUACGCCGACCGCGGCGCCCGCCGCCACUACUCCGGCGCCGUCGCCAAGCCCGAGCGACGACGGCAGUGACGAUGGCACGGACGACGGCGACGGCGACGACUCGAACUUGCCAUACUGCGACGAGCUCUGA